AUGAAGAUCACGCUCUCGACGCUUUUGGCGCUUGCCGCGAUGGCGAUGGCCGACUCGACGCCUGCCGCCAAGGACAAGCCAGCCGAAGGCGCGCUUCCGAAGGGUGCUGCUCCCAUGUCCCGUGACGCAGUCAUGGAAAUGGACUACGAAGACUACCGCGGACAUCCCGACAUGAUGGACGAACACUGGCACGGACACGUUUUUGAUUCGCACGCUACCAUGACGAUUGCCCUUCUCGCACUGCUUUCUACUGUCGCCUUGGCCAUUGCCAACUCGGAGCCAGCUGACGCCAAGCAGGCCUCUCAAGCCGAAGGCGUUCGCUCCAACGACAACCACGGCAAGUUUGCCGACCAUGACUACGAAGACUACCCUGGCAGCGAGCUCUGGGAAAAUGUCAUCAUGGCGGUGGUCAUCACGGAGGCGGUCAUCAUGGCGGUGGCCAUCAUGGCGGUGGUCAUCACAGUGAAGGUGGUCGCGGCGGUCACCACGGUGGUGGUGGUCAUCAUGGCGGUGGUUAUCACGGCGGUGGUCAUCACGAGGCCGACGAGCUACUUGGGCUACUAG